CGCUUACGUACACAGCCACAGCUGAUUGCUAACUGCAUUUUUAUUUACAUCCUUAAUCGUACAAAUUUGCAGCAAUUUUUGACAACAGAGCAACAUACUCAAAUUCGUGCACCGAGCGCAACGAGAACGCAAUAUCCUCUCGCAGUGAUUUACUAGCGACAAGCGAGACGUGUGUGUAAGAGAGAGAGAGCAAGUUGUGUCCGUAGUGUGCGGGGAGAGAAUUAACAUAAAUUUGACACACACAAAGCUAUGACGAUUGAUGGCACUACUCUGCCGUCGGAGUUGCUCGUGAUACCACAACCGCUGAUUGGUUUUUGUGGCCUGGACAUCGCACGCCAGAGUGUCCACAAAUCAAUUUGGGAUGCAUUCAGCGGCACUCUGCAACGCAAGCCAGCGGAUCGGGAUAGAGAUCGGGCAGCUGUGCAAUACAAACUACUGCCGCCGAACUAUGAGUUCCCAGUGGCGAAGCCGAAGCGUGCCUCCUACGAAUGGUAUCAUCCCAAGGGCAUACUGAAGCGCAACUGGAUGCUUAAGCAUCUGCAUGUGUUGCCAUCAGUUGUUGUUCUCUUCCAAGACAUUGAGUGGAACGACAGCCAGUGGACAGAGAAACAGGUGCAAUGUGCGGCCAUUUGGCAGGCACUGAAGAAUGCUCUGCAGGAGCGUAAUACACGUCUGUGCCUGGUACUGCUGCAGAAGGCGGCUCCACUGCCUCCCGGCGAGGAUAUGCUGGCCGCUGAGCGUGCGGCAAGUUUGACAGCGGCCUGUGGAAUAACCAGCAAAAUGUUGUUCAUAUUGCCGCACACGGAACAUCUGAUGGGUUAUACGCUGCGCUUGGAAUCGGCUUUCUUCGACAUGACCCAAUCUUACUAUGCGCUCAUGUCCAAGCGCAUUCGAGCCCAUCGUGACCAGCUGUCGGCGGCACACACAACUCUCAAGAUACGCCAUCAAUUCAAGCUGGCCUUCGUCGCCGAAAUGCGACAGGAAUUUAGUCCGGCACAAAAACACUAUUAUCAGGCCUAUGGCAACUUGGAUGAGAUACGCAUCACUGAUGCUAAUUGCAUGGAGAUCAAAACAAUUGCAGGCUUCCUCAAUUACAAGAUGUGUCGGCUCAUGUUUAAGCUGAAAACGCCCAGGGAUUCGAUCAAUCAAUUCAUUAUACACAUUGAAAAGUACAAAAGUUGUGUGGGCUUCAAGGAUUUGGCAUUCGAGCAUUAUGCCUGGCUAAGUACGCAGCACUCUGUUUUUGCGGAGCUCUUCUGUGAGGCGAUCAAGAAUGGUUUGCCCGCUCUGCAGACUCAGCAUCCGGGCAUUUAUUAUCAGAAGGCCGCUGAGUAUGUGAUUAAGCGACGCGAGGCCGCUCAACAGGCCAGCGAAACUCUCUUAACGGACGUUACUCCGGGUCAGACGCCAUCAAAUUUGUACACCGAAUUCUUUGGCAUACGGGCGUUGAAGACGGGCGAUCCUGUGGCCGAGCAGCAGGUUAAUGUGCAGUUGUGCGAGCUGGAACGCAAUUUUAAUCACUCGGCGGCAAUUAUUGCGCUGCUGAGUCAGGCGAUGGCUCAGUUUAAGAUCUACAAGUGUUUGAGAUUCCGCAAGAAACUUGCCAUCGACAUGGCUGAGGAGUAUCUGCGAAGUGGGGAUCACGCCAAGGCACUCACUCUUUACUCGCUAAUGCUCCCCGACUAUCGUCAGGAGAAAUGGUCGACCAUAUUCAGUGAUGUUCUCCUGAAGACGCUUCGCUGUGCGUUGCUCUCUGCCUCCGUCACGGAUUAUAUUGCCUGCAGCAUUGAGGCGCUCUCGCUACGCCAUCAUGGCGAGCAAAAGGAGCGCGUUCUGCUACUGGAGAAUCUAUGGCAGGUAUUUCAGAGUGUGCCGCCACUGCCACAAGCGCAAUUGACGCCUGAGAUUCAUGCGCUGUGGAGUAAUUCGUUGGCCAGUGUGAAAUCACCAAUUCAAAUCGAUUUAGAUAAGGUCAGCGAUGUUCUCGAGCUAUACGCCACAUUCCAACAGAUUCAGCUGAAUAACAACGAUGUGCUCCAGCUGCAACUCAUAGUGCGCGUUAUCACCGAUGUGCCGCUGCGCAUACGCAGCUUUCAUGUGCUGCUCGCCGAUGCGAGCAAUCCGCAGAAUACAAGCUACAAGCUGGAGGCACUCAAAUAUUUGUGCUUCUCCGAUCUGCUGCAUCUGCGUGCUGCCCAGCAGCAACAGCAGCAGGCUCAACUAUUAGAGCCGAAGGCCUAUGAGAAGAAUAUGAGGCUGGAGCCAGGCUGUUACUAUCAACUCAUGUGCAGCACGGAGGCGCAUCAGUUCAAUGAGAAUACUCAGUUACGCAUUGUGCGCAUGGAGGCGCUCAUGGGCACCGAUCAAGUGGGUGCAUUGCUCACAUGCAGCGCUAACUAUGUACGCCAGUCAUUCCGGUAUCAUACGCGCACUCGCGAUCUGGACGAUAAUCUGACAAUCAAUCCGAUUUGCUAUAUUGCGCCCACCUUCCAUUUGAACACGCAAACGAACCUUGGUCAUGUGACGAUGAUGAACGGUGAUCCAACAACUGCAACAACAAUGCUGGUCAAUGAAUACUAUCCAGUUGUGACCACGAUUAGCAAUCCGUAUAAUGUCUAUCUACAGAAUGUUUAUGUGCACAUUAGCGUUCCUCUCGAGCUGCGCAAUAGCGUUUUUCUCACCACGGAUGUUUCGGCCGGUCGCCAAAAGUUGCACGCCCAAAUCCAGAUCGAUGUGGGUGAACUUUCCGCCCAUGGUAGCAAUACGGCUACCUACUACAUCUUCAGCUUGGUGGAGACAGAGAUCAAAUUGCAGCAGCGGCUCAGCUACACGUUAGAUGUGGAUCGCAGUGGCGGAGGAGGAGGAGGAGGCGUCGCUACCAAUAUCGGGCCCAUCACAACGCCCAACAACAGUGCGGAGACAACGCCGGAGCAUGUCAAAACUGUUGUGAGCAGCAGCAGCCUGGCGGCAAUAUCACCCGUACAGAUCGAGUACCUGGACGAUACGAGGUUGCGCAAGUCGCGUGAGGACAUCCUCACCGUGCGCUGCUCCGGUGACUUUAAGUUCAGCGCACGAUUCUACACCCUAAAUCGACGGCCACUGAGCCAGGUGUAUCGUGGCGAGAACUUUCUGCUGCGCGCCAAUACGGAGGUGCUGGCCGUGGAUGAGCUCGAGAUACUCGAUAGCUUCUUCAUAUGUGAUCACAAUUUAGUGCAAUCGAACUACAGUUUUAAGCGCAAGAAGUAUACGAACAAGUACAGAGCCGGCGAUCAGCUGGAGAGUGUGAUUGUGCUGCGCACGAAUGCCUCGCUGCAGGAUUGGUCGACCGCACGGGAUCUGGAGCGCUCCAAGUCCGAUGAGAGUGUCCCGAGUAAAUUCGUAAGUCGCCAGCAAAAGACACAGCAUCAAACGUGUGGUCACAUUGGAGAUGCACCGCUGCAGCAGCCGCCAAGUGCAGCGAUGAGUAAAAGUCUAUUGGCCAAGAUUCCCACAACGAUGACCAUCAUCAAUAAUAAUCCGACCCAGCAGCAACUGAGCAACUCAAUGCAUUCCGACGAUGGCAAACUGAACAUCACGGGUCCCGAUGAUGGUGCCGCAGUGUUGCCGGCCACUGGCCCGGAUGCGCCCAAGAGCAUGCGUGUCAUAUUCAAUAAAGCACUGGACGCAGUGCAGGUCACCGGUCAUUGUCGUGGCUUCAUCAAAGGCGUUUAUACGCUGGACGCAGUGGCAUCGACAUCGGUAUCAGCACCGUUGAACCCUCCUAAAUUUGGCAUCUUUUGCAUACGCUGGCGACGCGCCGGUGCCAAGGAGGAGAACGAAUCCAAGUUUAUUAUAAGUGGCCUUGAUAUUGCGGAGCCGCCGCUAAACAUCUACUGCACCAUCGAGGAGAAGAUGUUCGUUAAAAUGCCGAUGGCCUUUAAGGUGGUGCUCAAGAAUCCCACAAUGCAUGUGCUGCAUAUGAUUGCCACGUUGGCCAUCAGCAAAUCGGAUAACUUUAUCUGCUCCGGCCAUAAGCAGCUGGAUAUAUCCAUAAUGGCCUAUGAUGAGAAGGAGCUGGUCUACAAUUUGUAUCCGCUGCAAGUGGGCUGGCAGGAGUUGCCAGUGCUGACUCUCGAGUACAAUACGAAAGCCGAUCCGCAGAAGAAUGAUAGCCAGAAUGCGCUGCUCGAUGAGCUGGUGCAGAGAGCGCUGCCCAAACGCGUCUUUGUGCUGCCACCAUUGAAGCAGCUGACCAAGUAAAUGUGUUAUGUGUAAAAGAGUUGAGCAAUUCAAGUUCAUAGUUAAU